AUGUCCCGGCUAUCGGUGAGCAGUUCGCGGCAAUCGCUGCAACUCGGCAGCGAAGACCUGGGUCCCAACGCCAUUGGCUCUCUUGUAGAAGCCACCGAGGGCUACAAGCCGCCAACCAUCAAGGACAUUGAACAGGUCAAGCUGCCGUCCAUUGCGCGAGUCAGCCAGCAAAAGUACAACGAGUACUUGCAGGAGGUCCAACAGGAGUACCGACAGUAUUGUCAGUUGAAACGGGGUGGAUCGGACGUGCCUGGAGACGUCAACAGCAGUCUGGACUCAGUGCCUCAAGCCUUCUUUGAACCCGACUUUCGGCUAGACAAUCAGCGUAUUUUCGACACGGUCACCGAACACAAGACGGACGUGACCACAUACAACAUUUUGCAGGAAAAACUGAGCUACUACAUCGACACGGUAGAAGUGAACCUGAUUGAGGAAAUCAGCAAGUCAUCGGACUCGUUCUUCAUGGCCAUUGAUGAGCUCAAACAGAUCCACAGCGACACGGAGUCGGCCGUGGAGGUGGUGCGCGACCUAAGAACUCAGAUGCAGACGCUGGACCAGAUCCACGUCGAGAGAGGACUUCAGAUGGUCCAGUUACAACAACAGUAUGCUCAGGUGGAAGAACUCGAAAAUGGAGUCACGCAGCUACAGGAAAUUGUGCGACUGUUCCAAGAGGCCGAACGACUGUCGGAAGAACAACCACAGACAAACCUGCUGCCUUGUUUGGAACUGGUCGAUUCUACGGAUGCACUUAUUCAUGGUGACUCGGAGUAUCUGGCGAGUACAACCGUCAAGAUGAAGACCCCAAUCUCCAAUCUCUCUCCUUUGACGGGUCUCAAACCCCUGCGGGAUUCGCUGCUGUCUCUGCGUGUGAAGGUAGGUCAUAAGAUUGGUAAGCAGUUCACUCUGUUGCUGAUUGACGACUUACAGAGCCACGGACAAGCUGUCCCCACCGGAGACACAAUUGUGCGACUAAUGCAACAAUUCAACCGACAGAGAAACAGAGCCAGCCCCCCGGAAGCAGUGAAUACCUCUUUCAACGACGUGGAUCCUGCAUUCAGAGGUAAACUUGCAUCUCUACUGAAUCAGCUUCUCCGAGCAGGUCAGGUGCAGGAUGCCUUCAAGGCUUAUCAGGACGCUAUUGCGGACUAUUCGCGAAGACUUAUCAAACAGCACCUUCCAUCUUCGACAGAUACAAACUCCAUGUCUUCCGGCCUAUCAGGAGUCUCCGGCGUGUCUUCCGGCUCUGCGGCAUCUCGUUCUGAGCGAGGAAUGGCUUUGGCAGGCAAACUGCGGGCUCUUAGUGCCUCCGAGUUUGAAAACACGCUUGCUGAAAUAUACGCAUCUCUCUCUGAAUUUGUGCGACGACUUUUGACCCAUCAGAAACUGCUUCUUGAUCUGAUUUCAUCUCAGCCAGCCCUUCUUGAACAGUGUGGGGAACUGGCUUUUGGUCUCCGACAGGUCAUUUCUGGAACGGUGGACAAACAGCUCGCAUACAUGACCAAGAUUGUCAACGCCCGACGAGAACAGACUGCACAACUGCCAUGUGACCUGUUUCUCAACUUCUACGCUCUCAACGGCAUCUUUGUCCGAGAAUGCGAGCAGUCUGUUGGCGUGGUUUCUAACCCUCUACAAACUACACUUGUGGGUCAUCUCAAGCAGUUCAUCCAAACGCUGUUUAACCGUGCCGAUGAACAUCUUCUCUCAGAGCUGGAAAAGGACAAAUGGAAGGACACGGAAAUCAGCGCACAAACACAACAGAAGGUGGAUGAUAUCGUUGCCGCAGCAACUCAGGAUCCUAUCAAGUGGAAAGAGUUGCUCUUUGUCAAUCUUAUGGGCGGUACUCCCAACAAUACAGAUGUCCCCAAGGAAGGGAAAAUGCGGCCCAAAAAUGUGUUUGUCGAAGCAGCCUCCUUUAUUAUCCCCAACGGAACCACCCACUUGGUCGAUGGACUAGUGGGUUUUCUCCAGCUCGUCGUCAUCUUUCCUGGUCAGACUCCCGAACUUGUGGAUGUCAUUACCUCGUUGAUCAAGCGGUACAAUGUGUCUGCUAAUGAGCUAAUUCUUCAAGCUGGGGCUACGAGAAGUGCAGCAAAGCUGGCGCAUAUUUCUGCCAAGAACCUGGCGCUAGUGUCCCAGUCUCUGGGAUUCAUCGUAACCCUCAUUCCAUACAUGAGAGAGUACUGUCGACGUCAUGUAACGUCGCAACAGAUUCCUGCCCAGUUUGAUCGGACCAAGCGCGACUUGCUUAAGCAUCAGGACGACAUUCAUACCAAGCUCGUUUCCAUCAUGGUCGAGCGGAUGGUCAACCACUCUCGUACUCUUCGGCGGAUCGACUGGUCUAAGCCCGUCACAACCGCCAACGGAGUGCAUGAGUACAUGCAGCAGCUCAUUAGUGACACUAACACCCUGUCCAAGAGUCUUAAAAAAGUUCUUGCCAGCGAAAACUACAUUGGUGUGGCAGAGGAGUCCAAACUUGAGAUUCCUACUGGAGUUCCUCCUAAAGAUGAGGCCAAGGACGAGUCCAAGGCAGAGGUUUCUACUGCUGUGUCUGAACCUGUCCCCGAGGUCAAGAAGGAUGUUGAGGGCCACCAGGUGGAAUCUAAGGAUGAUGCAAAGAAGUCUCAAACUGAGGACGUCAAGGAGACAGCAAUGGAGCUUAAUGAUACAGAGAUGGACUCCACUAACGUUGAGGAGAAGACCAAGGAGGCAUCGGAGGAGGAAUCCAGAGAGGAAUCCAAGACAGGAGACGUCGCCGUUGAAGAGACCAAUUCUGAGUCUCAACACGUCAGCGAUGAUAUUGUGCCAGAGGGAGCAGACGCUGAGUCAGUGAAGGUCGAGCCUGGGCCAGAGAACGCAGAUGAGGUGAUCGCAUCUGAGCCUGAUACCAAGGAGGCUGUUUCUGGUACUAAGGAGUCUGAGGCCCAGUCAACGAUUGACGCAUUGGAUGAGGCUGCCGUGGAAGAGAAGGAGAGGGGGGACAAGGUGGGGGACAAGGUGGAGGACAAGGUGGAGGACAAGGUGGGGGACAAGGUGGAGGAGAUGAAAGGCGAGGUGGAGGAGGGUGAGACUGGAACCACGACCGAACUUGAUGCUGUAAAUAGUGAAAAUGGCGCAAAAGAAAACGGCACUGUCAAGGAAGAGGCCAAGAAUGAGGUCGAGGAGGUUAAGGAGGAAGUCCAGGCUGAACCUGAGAAGGUUGCUGACAAGCCUGAGUCCGCCGACAAGGACGAGACCAAGGCGGAGUCCGAAACCACCAGUACGCCUGAUCUGUCAAAGGAGACAGCCGAUGAGGCUAAGGAUGAUGGUAAAGAUGACAAGGACGACUCAGCCCCAUCACUCCAACCGGAACCUAAACCCGCUUCGAUAUCUUCACCCAAGAAGAAAAAGAACAAGAAGAAGGGCAAGAAGAAGUAA